CCGUUCCAGUCUAUCUCUUCAUCUACCCAACGGUUGAGGAGCUGCACACAAUGGGUACCCCCCCUACCGACUUCUCCCCAUUCUCCUCCCUCAGACCCUUCACACUCUCCGGGGGCGAGUGAGAGCAGUCUGUAUUUGCACAACAUGCAUCGUGAUCAACACAGCUUUGCCUACGAAGACAAGAACGAUCACGCAGAGUCCCAACAGUCCCUACUAUACCGCAACCAACCGAGUCCCUUCAACGCUCCGAUCGAAGACCCUUAUGCGUCGACCGAUUCACUCCGCCGUUACACCCUCCAAGACCCAGGCGUAACCAUCUUCCCUGGCGAUGGGGCAUACCAGGAACCACGGUCGGUCACUCCCGGCUUUAAUCGCCGAUCCGGCAUGCGAUCCCCUAUGACCACCGGGUCAGAAUCCGCCUCCCCCUCCGAGGCCUGGGGACAGCGUCAAGCUCCCGGCUCUGGCCUUCGCCGUUAUGCGACACGAAAGAUCAAACUGGUCCAGGGCUCCGUCCUGAGUGUCGACUACCCGGUGCCAAGUGCCAUUCAGAACGCCAUCCAGCGCGAAUACCGAGAGUCCGAGGAGGGAUUUCCCGAGGAGUUCUCUCAUCUGCGAUACACGGCCGCUACUUGCGAUCCCGACGAAUUCACCCUUCGAAAUGGCUACAACCUCCGGCCUGCGAUGUACAAUCGACACACGGAGCUGCUCAUUGCCAUCACCUACUACAACGAAGAUAAGGUCCUCACAGCACGAACCCUUCACGGUGUCAUGCAGAACAUCCGCGACAUUGUCAACCUGAAGAAAUCAGAGUUUUGGAACAAAGGUGGUCCGGCCUGGCAGAAGAUCGUCUGUUGCUUGGUCUUCGAUGGAAUAGAUCCUUGCGACAAGAACACGCUUGAUAUGCUUGCCACGAUCGGUAUCUAUCAAGAUGGGAUCAUGAAGCGAUCCGUUGAUGGCCGUGAAACUGUUGCACACAUCUUCGAAUACACAACUCAGCUCUCCGUCACAUCAAGCCAGCAAUUGAUCCGACCGCAAGGAAAUGAAUCAACCAAUCUACCCCCGGUCCAAAUGAUCUUCUGUUUGAAGCAGAAGAACAGUAAGAAGAUCAACUCCCACCGUUGGCUCUUCAACGGUUUCUGUCGUAUUCUCAACCCGGAGGUCGUGAUCCUGAUCGAUGCGGGUACCAAACCCGGCAAGAAAUCCCUCCUCGCCCUGUGGGAAUCUUUCUACAACGACAAGAACCUUGGUGGCUCUUGCGGUGAGAUUCACGCUAUGCUGGGUAAGGGCUGGAAGAACUUGAUGAACCCCUUGGUCGCUGCGCAAAAUUUUGAGUACAAGAUCUCCAAUAUUCUCGACAAACCGCUGGAAAGUGCCUUCGGAUACGUUAGUGUGUUGCCUGGUGCGUUCUCCGCAUAUCGGUACCGUGCCAUUAUGGGUCGCCCGCUGGAGCAAUAUUUCCACGGUGACCACACGCUUUCAAAACAGCUUGGAAAGAAGGGUAUUGAGGGCAUGAAUAUUUUCAAGAAGAACAUGUUCCUUGCUGAAGAUCGUAUUCUUUGUUUCGAGUUGGUGGCUAAGGCCGGUUUCAAGUGGCAUUUGACCUAUGUCAAGGCAUCCAAGGGCGAGACGGAUGUGCCCGAAGGAGCCCCGGAGUUUAUCUCUCAGCGCCGUCGUUGGUUAAACGGAUCCUUCGCUGCCAGUCUGUACGCCAUUAUGCACUUUGGUCGUAUCUAUCGCAGUGGUCACAACUUCAUUCGGCUGAUUUUCCUCCACAUUCAAAUGGUCUACAAUGUUGUGGGUCUCGUGAUGACUUGGUUUUCGCUCGCUUCGUACUGGUUAACUACCUCGGUUAUCAUGGACCUUGUCGGAACGCCAGGUUCAUCGAACAAGUACAAGGGGUGGCCCUUCGGCAACGAUGUAUCGCCCAUUCUGAACAACUUCUUGAAAUAUGGAUACGUCUUCUUCCUUAUGCUUCAAUUCAUCCUCGCUCUCGGAAACCGACCGAAAGGAUCCCGGCUAUUCUACACCCUCUCGUUCGUGUACUUUGCUAUUGUCCAGUCCUACGUCCUGGUGUUAUCCUUCUACCUUGUGGCCAAUGCCUUUAUGGGAGGAACCCUCGAUUUCAGCAUGGAUAAAGGUGUCGGCGCUUUCUUGUCGUCCUUCUUCAGUUCCAGCGGAGCCGGAAUCGUCGUGAUUGCGUUGGUUUCGACCUACGGUGUCUAUUUCGUGGCCAGUUUCUUGUAUAUGGAUCCUUGGCACAUGUUCACCUCGUCCUGGGCCUACUUUGCCGGUAUGACGAGCUCAAUCAACGUGCUAAUGGUUUACGCUUUCUGUAACUGGCACGACGUGUCCUGGGGUACCAAGGGUUCAGAUAAGAGCGAGGCCCUUCCAGAGGCGCAGACGAAGAAGGACGAAGGGAAAUCCAACUUCAUCGAGGAAGUGGAUAAGCCCCAGGCCGAUAUUGACAGUCAAUUCGAGGCCACCGUCAAGCGUGCGCUGGCGCCGUUUGUGGAGCCCGAUGAGAAGGAGGAAAAGAGCAUGGACGAUUCGUACAAGGCCUUCCGAACGAACCUUAUUCUGCUGUGGAUCUUCAGCAAUCUCAUUUUGUCCCUGUGUAUCACUGCGACCGGCGUGGAUCGAUUCUGUCUGACGAACACCUCCACCGUCCGCACGUCGAACUACUUCUCGGCCAUCCUGUGGACCACGGCCGGCUUGUCCCUCUUCCGUUUCAUCGGGUCUCUCUGGUUCCUCGGAAAGUCCGGCAUUCUCUGCUGCGUUUCCCGGCGCUAG